GCGCGCUGCUGUGGGCCAGACUGCGGUGCAAGGGCUGCGCGGGAGCUACGCUGGCCCGGACCGAGGAAACUAUGCCCCAGACGUCCGUGGUCUUCUCCAGCAUCCUCGGGCCCAGCUGUAGUGGACAGGUGCAGCCCGGCAUGGGGGAGCGAGGAGGUGGGGCCUGCAGCUCCGGGGACCUCAUCUUCCAAGACGGACGUCUCAUCUCCGGGUCCCUGGAGGCCUUGAUGGAGCACUUGGUCCCCACAGUGGACUAUUACCCCGAUAGGACGUACAUCUUCACGUUUCUCUUGAGCUCCCGGGUCUUCGUCCCCCCUCAUGACCUGCUGGCCCGCGUGGGGCAGAUCUGCCUGGAGCAGAGGCAGCAGCUGGAGGCCGGAUCUGAUAAGGCCAGGCUGAAGUCCUUCUCAGCCAAGAUCGUGCAGCUACUGAAGGAGUGGACAGAGGCCUUCCCCUACGACUUCCAGGACGAGAAGGCCAUGGCCGAACUGAAAGCCAUCACCCACCGGGUCACCCAGUGUGAUGAGGAGAAUGGCACGGUGAAGAAGGCCAUCGCCCAAAUGACGCAGAGCCUGCUGCUGUCCCUGGCUGCCCGGAGCCAGCUUCAGGAGCUGCGUGAGAAGCUCCGCUCACCGGCCAUGGACAGAGGGCCCAUCCUCAAGGCCAAGCCGCCAGCCGCGCAGAAGGACAUCCUGGGCGUGUGCUGUGACCCCCUGGUGCUGGCCCAGCAGCUGACUCACAUCGAGCUGGAGAGGGUCAGCAGCAUCCACCCUGAGGACCUGAUGCAGAUCGUCAGCCACAUGGACUCUCGGGACAAGCACAGGUGCCGAGGGGACCUGAUUAAGACCUACAGCCUGGAGGCCUACGACAACUGGUUCAACUGCCUCAGCAUGCUGGUGGCCACCGAGGUGUGCCGGGUGGUGAAGAAGAAGCAUCGGACUCGCAUGCUGGAGUUCUUCAUCGACGUGGCCCGAGAGUGCUUCAACAUCGGGAACUUCAACUCCAUGAUGGCCAUCAUCUCUGGCAUGAACCUCAGUCCUGUGGCGAGGCUGAAGAAAACCUGGUCCAAAGUCAAGACGGCCAAGUUCGACGUCUUAGAGCACCACAUGGACCCAUCCAGCAACUUCUGCAACUACCGCACAGCCCUGCAGGGGGCCACACAGAGAUCCCAGAUGGCCAACAGCAGCCGGGAGAAGAUCGUCAUCCCUGUGUUCAACCUCUUCGUUAAGGACAUCUACUUCCUGCACAAAAUCCACACCAACCACCUGCCCAAUGGACACAUUAACUUCAAGAAAUUUUGGGACAUCUCCAGACAGAUCCAUGAGUUCAUGACAUGGACACAGGUAGAGUGUCCCUUCGAGAAGGACAAGAAGAUUCAGAGUUACCUGCUGACGGCUCCCAUCUAUAGCGAGGAAGCUCUCUUCAUCGCCUCCUUCGAAAGUGAAGGUCCUGAGAACCACAUGGAAAAGGACAGCUGGAAGACCCUCAGGACCACUCUCCUUAACAGAGCCUGAAGGCACGGAUGCAGCCUGCAGACGCUGGAUUAAGCACACCUACGUACUGAGUUUUAAUCUUGAGUGAUAUGGGUUGAGAUGAGGCCUCACUGGUUGGGGUCCAUUUUGUACAUAACUUUUAUGAAAAAAAAAAAUAAUUAUUUCAUGCAUCAACCUUUGGCACUUAAAGCUUUUUGUUUACGA